UGUUCUGACAGUGUACCUGAUAAGCUCCGCCCCCGCGGACACACCGGGUAGAGCUGUUGGCUACACACAAAAACACACUGGCUUGAAGCGGUGUGUCUUUCGGUUUCGCACGUCGUCUGUUCCGGUUGUUGCUGUUAAUAUUUUACCGACCGAGAGGCAUUUUGACACAUGACCGUAUAAACCUCGUUGGUAAAAGAAUAACGGCUGAAUGAGUGGGCCAUUCACCUCCCCCUCUGCAGAGGUGGCUGAGAUGAACCGCAUCCAUUAUGAGCUGGAGUACACGGAGGGCAUCAGCCAGCGCAUGCGAAUCCCAGAGACCCUCAAGGUGGCCUCAGGGAACCAGUCAGGGUCUCUGUCACUUCAGGAGCCCCUGCCCAUUCCCACAACUAUGAUGCAUGUGCCAGAGAGGAUCAUUGUAGCUGGUGAUGAGGGGGACCCUGAAUUUUCUCGUCCUCGAGACCUGGACUUGAUUCAGUCCGUCCCUCCCAUGGACCUCCUGAACAUGAAGGCCCCACCGCGUGUUCUCACUCUUACAGACCAACCACUGGACUCCCUUGAAACGGAACAAUCUGCCUCUUCACAGAGCCAUCCCAGCCAUGCGGCCCACUUGCAUGGUCGGUCUCGAAGGGAACGCAGUGCGAGUGAGCACAUAACUGGCCGUCACAGCAGUCAGAUUGUUAGAAGUGAUAUAAGUGUAACCCCUUCCCCUUCUGCCCCCCCAGUCCGGUUGUGUCCCCCCCUCUGUUCCCCUGAGGAUGCAAACAUCAACCUGUUUACAGCUGCGGGAUUCCUGUCUUAUAUUCAGUCUACAACACGACGAGCUUACCAGCAGGUCCUCGAAGCGCUGGAUGACGGCCACCGCAGGACACACCUUGACCUGGCCCUGGAUAUAAACCCAGAUGAGUCUGGCUUAGUGGACGCCUCCUCGCUACGACGACAGAUUGUGAAGUUGAACCGGCGUCUGCAGCUGCUGGAGGAAGAAAACAAAGAGCGCUCCAAGCGAGAGGUGAUCCUGUAUUCUGCUACGGUGGCAUUCUGGCUUAUUAACACCUGGAUUUGGUUCCGUCGUUAAGAUCGGACAAGACUGAGUCUCCCAAAACACUGGAAGCCAAAGCAAUUCCUUGUUUAAGGUGCAGCCAUUAAUAUACAGUUGUUACUACAUCUAAGGGCAACCACAGGAAGCUACAACAACACUGGAAAAUGUUCUCCACCACAAUCCUCUGUGUUUCUAUUGCAAAUUCUACAUCUGGAUUGCACUUUAAAUUUCAGACUUAGUGCUGUCAAGAUACGACCCGAGGCAGUAAAACAUAACCAAAUUUUACAAAACCAGUGACGUACUUAUGUUUGGUUCAUCCACCCAACAUUACUAAAUUUCACAUUGGCUAGUAUUCACACCUUCACAUCUGACUACAAACUGGCUCUCGCAGGGUAAAGUUAGCGUAUCUUACUUUUAACAAUUCAUCCAUGUAUUUUCAUUCAUGUGUAAACAUGCAAACAAGACAAAGCACAAUGACACUACAACUGGAUGUUUGCCAAAUUAUAGCAACUGCUUCAAUGUGGAAAGCUGAAAUUUGCUUUGUUGCAGAGACAACAACUUACCUUAUUUGGCUAAAACUAGCUACAACAUAAACUGCUGUCUGACAGAUAUAAUGCAGACCCUGAAACUGCACUGAUGCUCACCUAUGCUUAGGAGAAACUAUCUGUGGGUCCGAUUAUUUGGAUUAUGGGGACCAAUUUGAAGUAGCUAAGGAGUGGCUGGUAUUGAUCAGCAAAGCCUCACUGAUAUUUGUGGUUAUUUUGUGCAGAUAUUACUGAUUGCUCCUUUAAAGCUUGAUAAAACCUUUGCACAGCAACAACAAAUGUGAAAGGGGUGUUUUCCAUCAUUCAUCUUUGUGAGAGUAAGUUAAAUUUAUAAAUUAGUCUUCUCGGAUUCAGUAGAAAAAUAAUUUUAGGGGACACAAGGAUUUACUUGAGCGACAAAUGUUUUGGGAACCGAUCCCAGAACUUUCGUUACAGGACAAAACCUCAAACCUGACCUGCCUGUUUGACAUCGAGGUUCAUCAGUUUUCUGAAAAACUACCUGAAAACGGGGGUACUAAGUGUCAAAAGAGGAUGAAAAAAUCUCGAGAUGCCAUAACAUUUACCCUGAAUGUUCUUUGAGUUCUGCAUCACCCAAAACAUCUGUAUACAGUACUUGAAUAGCCUAUUGUUGUAAAUGUUGUAAUUUGUCUUUAAUGCUGUUUUCCCCUCUCGUUGGCAGUCACAUGCCUACGGAUUCUGUUAUAAGCUUGAUGAAGUGUCAACAAAAAUACUAAGGGUACUAAGGGUAUUAUCUGUGCAGUGAUAAUGUUUUCUCAUGCCGUUUCUACAGUUAAAGCUUGUUUUUCCACCAAAUUUGAAAAUUCCUGUUUUCCCACUACAAGAAUAAAAGCAUGGGCUGUGGUUUUAUUCAUCAUACAAUGUAAUACACAUCUUAGAGCUACUAUCUGUGUGAUCAUAUGUAAUAGAUGGCUAUGUAUAUAAAAUAUUGCUGUCAUUAUUUUUCAAUAAUGAAAUGAGUGUGAAUUUCAUGGAGGUUUAUUUAUCACAUGCAAUGCAGAAGCACCAAGAAAAUGUUGCAGUAACCAUUUUUUUCUGUUAGACACUGUACCUAUUACUGGGAGCUUUAAAUUAAGUGUUUUACUUUUUGUAAAUAUAUGAAUACAUUCAUUGUUAAUAUUUUUGCUGUAAUAAAUGAUGAUGGAUGUUAA